GAAGCAUCGGGAGAACAUCUGUCCAUCCGUAGUCCGUCUGUCUCCAACGCGCGUCUCCACUUUUUCUGAGGAUGCUACAGUUACCGCAGCUCCGCCAGGGCGUUAUCGCGCUUCUCAUAUGGUUCGCGCACUUGAUGGAACAGCAGAAAGUACAAGCUGGCAACUGCUGGCUUCAGCAGGGCAAGAACGGGAGAUGCCAGGUUCUCUACAUGUCUGGGAUGAGUCGGGAAGACUGUUGUAGAAGUGGCCGUCUGGGCACGGCUUGGACCGAGGAGGAUGUACCCAAUAACACGCUUUUCCGGUGGCUGAUCUUCAAUGGUGGUGCACCGAACUGCAUACCUUGUAAAGAGACUUGUGAUAAUGUGGACUGUGGUCCUGGAAAGAGGUGCAAAAUGAACAAGCGGAAUAAGCCUCGCUGCGUAUGUGCCCCAGAUUGCUCCAAUGUCACCUUUAAAGGGCCUGUGUGUGGCUCCGAUGGGAAAACAUACCGGAACGAAUGUGCCCUCCUUAGGGCCAAGUGCAAGAGACACCCUGACCUGACUGCACAGUACCAGGGAAAAUGCAAAAAAUCAUGCUAUGAUGUGCGCUGUCCUGGAAGCUCAACGUGUGUACUGGACCAGACCAACAACGCCUACUGUGUGACCUGCAACCGGCUUUGCCCUGAGGUGACCUCACCGGAUCAGUACCUGUGCGGGAACGACGGGACUAUGUACGCCAGCGCCUGCCAUAUCCGAAGGGCAACGUGCAUCAUGGGACGGUCCAUUGGAGUCGCCUACGAGGGGAAAUGCAUAGACGCCAGGUCCUGUGAAGACAUCAAAUGUCGGGAGGUACGAAAGUGUCUGUGGGACAAGUGGACGGGACGUGGACGCUGUGUGAUAUGCGAGGACACCUGUCCCGAGAGUCGUCCGGGCGACAGCGUCUGCGCCAGUGACAACGCCACUUACCCGAGCGAGUGCGCCAUGAGGCAGGCCUCCUGCUCUUUGGGUCUCGUCCUGGAAGUCAAACACUCGGGCUCCUGCAACUGUAAGUAGUGGAUGCUAAACCUGGCCGCACCCAUGUCCCGCAUUCCCUCCCCCUGCCGAAAACACCCCUCUUUCUUGCCCCUCCCAUUGCCCCCACAAGGAACGCGAGGACUGUUGGAGAGAGAGUGUGUAUUAGCCCUUGUGUCGGCUUCCUCUCGCAAAGACUUAACUCAGUGGCGAUGAGAUGUUAGAAGUGUCCGGGACAGUGCAGUUGUCCCCUGCUUAUCUAUCGAUGAGGUGUUAAGCCAAAAUCUUUGAGGUCAAGCCUGGAAGGAUUUCCGUUUGGGAUGCGAGACAGUUUUUAACAUGCUGCUCAUCUGAUUUUGUUUCACUGUCUGCGCAUCAGAGACAGAAACGUGACUGACGGUAUCAUGUGGAAAGUGAACAUAAACUCACUUAGCGUGCUCUGUUUGUGAAUCGUCUUGUUGUUUUUGCUCUAUGGCAGGCUGACCUGCUCUGUGAUGGACAAAGAAAAGCGAACCUGGUGCCAUUAUGGUGCACGGUCAGAAAUUCACCAGUUGCGAAAGUGACAAAAAAUGCCCUGGAAAUAUAAAUUAUACGGGGGCAGAAAGUUUUUUUUAAAUGUGUAUUUUAAUAUAUAGAUAUAUUUCUGACACAUAUUUUAAUUGCAGUUUUUGAAAUGGUCAGUAUGCUGUGUUUUAUAUGCCCAGAAAAUCAAUUCCGAGAGACAAAUAUUGUCUGCGGACGUUCGUUUCCAACCCCAGCUAACAUCUCUAACACCUUUGUCUAUCGUCUGUGUAAUAAAGGGAAACUCCAUGUUUUUACUGUUGGUUUGUUAUGUCCAUUUUGCGUAAUGUGAAAAAAAUAUUUUUCUAACCAUAUUCUGUGUUUUAUAAGUAUUUUUAAUGACACUUAUUCCUCUAGAAGAAAGGACUUUCUUCACAUGUUUCUAGAAAAUAUCACUUCUUAUAAUGGUUAAAAUGUGGGACAUAACAAAUCUCAUGUGGGAAAAAUGUGAUUUUAUGUUUAGUAGGAACAUGUUUAGAUGAUCAGUUGUUAAUGCCCUAAAGUAGAACCAUAUUUCACCCGGCCGAGUCUGUGUGUGGUAUUGAAGAAUCAUCUUUUAUAUCUUUUAUGUAUAAAAUUUAUUUUAUACAAUGACAAAUACAAGAAAUUCUCCCGCUAAUAAAAGAUAGCGGUUAGGCGCCAUUCCACAGAGAAACUCAAUCCCACCCUCUCGUUCCUCUCUGAGCUGUGAUCCCACAACCUUGUGUGAAUUGCAAAGCAUCAGUUAGAGAUGCUUUGGGAGAAAGAUGCAGUAAGACUCUGUGCCUGAAUGCUGUUGUGUUUUAUACUAAUACAACAGCUGCUAUAUUCCUCCGUAGCUCUCUCUGAAGAGACGGAUGAAGAGGAGGAUGAUGAAGAUUACACGGAUUAUAGCCAUGUAUCUCUGUUACU